AGCCUCUGUCGUUGUUCUAUUCAACGUUGGGCACGAUACAGAAAAUCCUGGCAAGACACUACAAAAAACUGGCGACGAGGAUGGGAUGUUAAUCCACCGUCGGAGAAGCCCAUGUCCGAAGCAACGGGACAACAAAGCCAAGAAGCAGGUUCGACAGACGCCGCGGAGCCGCGUCAAGUAACCGAUAUGACGAGCUCCCUACCAGCCCUUCCACCGUUCGACCCGCACUCAGAAGUGUCCUCGCUCGCUCGGCGUUGGACCAAGUGGUUAGCUCGGUUCGAGAACUUCAUUUUGGCGGCCGAUGUCAAAGAUGCAGAGCGCAAACGUGCAAUGCUGCUCCACUAUGCCGGCGAAGCAGUGUACGACAUAUUCCUAUCGCUCUCUAACACGGGAACGGAUUACAAGACUGCCGUCAAAUGCCUGACAGAGCACUUGGCCCCUAAGAAGAAUACAGUUCUCGAGCGACAUGUGUUUCGACAGGCCAGACAAGAGCCUGGAGAGACGUUGGACCAGUUUCGAGUCCGACUCAGAAGAUUGGGUGCAACGUGUGAGUUCACCGCCAUUGAGGGCGAGAUAGUCUCGCAGAUCAUAGAAGGCACAUCGUCGCAGAAACUGCGCAGGGCUGCACUUCGCGAGACGGACAUCACGCUGGAGAAACUUCUUAGCACGGGACGUAGCAUCGAGAUCUCCGAAGUGCAAGCUAGCAGCAAAGAGAGCCCAACGUCAGCCCAACCUGUGCAGAAGAUCACACCAAAGAAGCAGCCGCAUGAGGGUCCGCCUCCGAAGAAAAAUCACCAACGAAAUCGUCCGAAACAAAACCACACUGAAGACAUCCAAGCAGAGAAGUGCUCAGCAUGUGGAAGGACCUGGCCCCACAAAGGUGGCAAGACAAACUGCCCAGCCUGGGGACAGACCUGUCAUAAGUGUCAGAAGAAAAACCACUUCGCUAAAUGGUGCAGAGGCCCUAGAGAGACAAAGGAAACAGUGCGAUCCCUAGCUGCAUCGACCGCCACAGCAGACCCUCUGCAAGCCCCGGGCUCAGAUGAGUCACUGUUUCAUGUGCGAACCAACACGAGCAAGCUUCCAGUUGUCACCGUCAAGGUUAACGAUACGUCAAUAGACUUUUACCUGGGCACUGGAGCUGGGGUCAACGUUGUAGGAGAGCAAACCUGGCGUAAACAGCUCCGAACACCGUUAGACGCUACAGCAACGCGUCUCGUACCAUACGGUGUUACCGAGAUACCUGUGCUGGGAACAUUCGUUGCUGAGUUCAGUGCCCGAGAAACGAAAACGAGAACACCAGUGUACGUUGUAAAAGGGUCACAGACAUCCCUUUUGAGCUACCAGACAGCCACAGAACUACAACUCGUCAGCGUUGUGCAGAACAUUGCCGAGAAGUCUUCCGUCGACGCCGUAAAGGAAUUUCCAAAGCUGUUUGAUGGACUCGGUAAGCUCAAGGACUUCCAAGUGAAACUAGAGAUUUCGAAAGACGUGCAGUCCGUCGCCCGUCAGCACCGGCGGAUUCCCUUUCGGUUAAGAAAAGCGCUAGAAGCUGAGCUGUCACGGCUGGAGGAACUCGACAUCAUCGAGUCAAUGACAGGACCGACACCAUGGGUUUCCCCUGUCGUCCUAGUUCCCAAGCCUCGGAACGACGGAGCGGUGAGAAUGUGCAUCGACAUGCGAGAACCCAACACAACAAUCACGCGCGUUCGUCAUGUUAUGCCUACCGCAGAAGACAUAGUAAACAUACUAAACGGAGCUGCAUACUUCUCGAAGCUUGACCUCAAUGAGGGCUACCACCAGCUUGAAUUAAACGAAGAGACAAGAGUCAUAACCACUUUCGCCACACACUGCGGUCUCAGAAGAUAUAAACGAUUACUCUUUGGCGUGAAUGCCGCAGCAGAAAUAUUCCAGGACGCAUUCAGACAAGUCCUGCCAGAUGAAGAUGGCGUCAUCAACGUAAGCGACGACAUCCUAAUGUCAGGGCGCACAAUUCAAGAGCACGACCGCCGUCUGCGCUUAGUGCUGAAACGUUUUGAAGAUGCAGGACUCACACUCAACAAGAAAAAAUGUGUCAUCGGUGCUCGAGUCCUCAAAUUCUUCGGACACGUGUUUUCGGCCGAGGGAGUGAGUGUAGACCCAGACAAAGUAGCAGCAGUAGCUGAAAUGACACCGCCGAGAAACCCGACAGAAGUCAGGAGCCUUCUCGGAAUGGUUAACUACUGCGGCAGAUUCAUCCCUCGCCUGACCGAACUCGUAGAGUCCCUGAGAAGCCUGACACACAGGGACGCCGAAUUCUCCUGGACAACAAAACACCAAGAAGCACUGUAA